GUUUUUUCCUUUUUGUUUUUUUUUUUCGACACUAUAUUAUGAGGAUAUUUACUAUUUAUGCACCUGUUUUAAAGUCAACGUUGCCUCCACAUUAUUCAGUGAGACCAGUUAUUUUAUUAGCAUCAAAACGAUUCUAUCAUAGUGCUGAUUAUACUGGUGGAGGGCUUAUGGGAAGAGAUAAUUUUAUAAACCCUAUUUCUACCCCGCCUUUUAAUAAUAAUGAAGACCAUUUUGGACUUUCUACUCCCUUAACUGACCCUCGUACUAUUGUUCAACAUUUAAAUGAAUAUGUCAUUGGACAAGAAAGAGCAAAAAAGGUCCUUGCUGUAGCUAUUUAUAAUCAUUAUAACAGGGUGAGAGCAAACUUGAAAAGACAACAACAACGGCAACAACAACAACAACAUCAGCAAGAACAACUUCAUUUGUCUAGUCAUAUGGAGGGAUUAGAUGACAAAUUUCAUACUGAACAUCAUCAUCCUACUCUUCCUCAAGAAUAUUAUUCAAGUCAACAAUUACCACUUCAAUCACAGCAACAUAAUGACUUUUCUUCUGCUGAGAAUAUAUCACUUGGUGCACAACGUCGUGCAUGGUUAAAUCCACCUACAGAAGCCUCAAAUAACCACAAGACAGUAUCACCUAUAAAUGAAUCAAAUACGACAAGAUCAUCUUUUGAACAAGAAUUAGGAGAUAAUACGACUGUACAUGAUAAAAGUAAUGUUCUAUUGAUUGGUCCAACGGGCUCUGGAAAGACAUUGCUUGCACGAACGUUAGCUCAGAUAUUACAAGUUCCGUUUUCAAUGUCAGACGCUACACCUUUCACUCAAGCUGGUUAUGUAGGUGAAGAUGUUGAGUUGGUCAUUCAAAGAUUGUUACAGGCUUGUGAUUAUGAUGUAAAGAAAGCUGAAACAGGUAUUGUCUUUAUUGAUGAAAUCGAUAAAAUAUCUAGAAGAUCAGAUAGUCAUUCUGCGUCAAGAGAUGUGUCUGGUGAAGGAGUUCAACAGUCACUUUUAAGAAUGUUAGAAGGUACAAUCGUGAAUAUCACAGACAAAUCUGGUGCUUCUAAUAACCAUAAAAGGGGGGUUCCAAAUGGAGUAGGAGGAGGAGUUGGAGGAGGAGGAGGAGGAGGAGCGAUAAGUUCCCCUAAUAAAGGUGAAACUUAUUCUGUAGAUACAAGUAACAUUUUAUUUAUUUUAAGUGGUGCCUUUAUUGGGUUGGAUAAAAUUAUUAGUGAUCGUAUGUCAAAAGGAUCCAUUGGUUUCAAUGCACGUAUCAUAUCAGAAAUAGAGGCUGAAAAUGAACGUAAAGAAUCCUUACAAUCUGUUGAACCAAAUGAUCUUGUAAAAUUUGGAUUGAUACCCGAAUUCGUAGGCCGCAUUCCUGUAGUUGCUUCUGUAAAUAAUCUUAAAGUGAAUGAUCUUGUUCGUGUCUUGAAGGAGCCUAAGAAUUCAUUGCUAAAACAAUAUGAAGAAUUAUUUAAACUGAAUCAUGUUCAAUUAAGAUUCAGUCAAGCUGCUUUAGAGGCUAUUGCAUCUCAAGCAUUAGAAAAGAAAACAGGUGCUCGAGGUUUAAGAAGGAUUAUGGAAAACUUAUUAUUAGAGCCAAUGUAUGAUGCACCAGGUUCUUGCAUUAAACAGGUUAUUAUAGACAGUAAAGUAGUAAAUCAUAAAAAGCCUCCUGUUUAUAUCACUUCUGAAAAAUCACAACUGGCAGAAAAAAUUCUUGCUGAAGACGAUGGAAUUGACUUGCUACAAAGCACGAAUGAAGAAAAUACACUACACCAACAACAAAUGACUCAAUAAUAAUAAUGCUAAAUAAAAAUAAUAUUUUUUUAUUGGUUGUUAAACUAAUUCUACCUAAA